AUGGCUGAGCCGGCAGCCAGCGCGGCGUCCGCCUCGCCUUUGCCCGCUGCUAGCCAUCAAUCCCCCACCGACCACAGCAUGGCGGGAAAUGAUGCACCACGACCGCCAUCAGAGCCUCCGGCGCAAAUAGCGACCGCGUCAUCUUUUCAAGCCGUCAACACGGUGGCCGUCCCCGAUCAACACGCCCCUACUGCACCGACCGCCGCCGCCGCGUCACCUCCUCAGGAUGCCGCCGCGGUCACACGCGAGGCUUCCUCCAAACCAGAUUCGCCCAAAGCAUCGGACGUCAACGUCGACAUGUCUAACGCGGAUGAUCCUGGUGAAGCAUCAACGGCGGAGAGCACUACCUACGGCACGAGAUCACGCAACCGCACGGGAAACGCGCGCCCAAACUACGCCGAAGACCAAGACAUGGACUUUGAACUCUCCUCUGCUGCACGCACGUCCAAGCAGAAGGCGACAUCUGACGCCGCAGCAGCCGCCGCUUCGGGCUCGCAAAACGUGACGGAUGGCAAGCGCGCACAGGACCUUGCGCGUUUCAUCGCCGUGAACAGCGGCAGUGGCAGUACUAACGGCCCUUCCACCACCAAAGAAUCCACUCCAGGCACCCCUGGCGUCGCUUCCAGCGUGCCCAAAAAACGCAAAGCAGCAGGAGCAGCGACAGCGCAUGCACAAACGCCACCUCCGUCGACGCUGUCAGUGCCCACGGGCACGCGCAAGGUGCCUACAGCAUCCUCCUUGACGCGCGAAACUAAUGUCAUGACUUUCACAAAAUGCAAGUCACAGCUGAACAAGAAUGGCGAACUCGUCGCGGACGAUGGAGUCAAGCUGUGUGUGAACGAUCACGUGUACUUGGUCUGCGAGCCGCCUGGCGAUCCUUAUUACCUGUGUCGAAUCAUGGAAUUCCUGCACGCCAAAUCUGAUGACCCGACGUCGCCGAUUGACUCCAUCCGAGUCAAUUGGUAUUAUCGCCCACGUGACGUUCAACGAUUCAACAAUGACAGUCGCCUGCUGUAUGGAACGAUGCACUCCGAUCUUUGUCCUAUCGCAUCGCUGCGAGGCAAGUGUUCGAUCAAGCAUCGAUCGGAAAUCGAGGACCUCGAUGCUUACCGGAAAGAACGCGAUUCCUUCUACUUUGUGCAAGUCUUCGACCGCUUCAUCCGUCGCUGGUACGAGUGCUUGCCCGUUUCGCAGAUUAUCAACGUCCCCGAGAAGGUCAAAAAAGCGCUCGAUGAACGGUGGAAGUUUGUCGUCGUCGAGAUUGGGCGGGUGAAAGAAUUGACCAGCGAUGUCAAGACUUGCAAGCGCUGCGCGAAAUACUGUGCGACCAACGACUCUGUCGAAUGCGCCAUAUGCAAGAACUCUUACCACAUGAACUGCGUGCAACCCCCGCUACCGAAGAAGCCUUCAAGAGGAUUCGCCUGGGCCUGUGCACCCUGCAGCCGUGCGUCGGAGAGGAAGAUGGAAGCUCGCAAUACGCCAACUGUCAGUGGUGAUGUGACCGAAGUCGAAGAGGAAGAACUCGCCGAGGAAGAGGUGCCUAGCGCCUCCAACGACACAACGCGAGCGCCGAGUCCGAGUGGAUCCGAUAUGGUCAUCGACAACCAUCCAGCCACACAAGCAGAAAUUGCACUGGCGAACAUGUGGCCCAUGCGAUAUCUCGGAAUACAUUGUCGCGUUGAAGACGCAUUGCAAUACGAUGAUCGUGCCAUAUAUCCUCGAGCAAGCUCGCGCUUGGGCCCGCGACAUCAGGCGAACGUUACCUUGUGGCCCGGUCGACCUGUCGAGCUGGUCAAGCCCGCGGAAAUUAAGAAGAAAUACAACAAAACCACCGGUCCGAAGAAGGAUACGAAGCUCAGCAAGGAGACACUUGCGGCCCUUGAAGCAGAGCGAGAGGAGCGCGCCAAGCGGCCCAAAUGGGUCCAAGAUGAGCCGCCGGGGUACAUCGCACGAGGAGAAGACUAUCCGGAAAACGACCCGAGAUGUACUUCCAAGCUGAUGUUCAAAUCCCCAGAGACAAGUGGAGGGCCGAAUGCCGACACGGAUGUCGAUGAUUACCUGAAGCGGGCCAAACUCCUUGCCAGAGCUAUCGGUGUCCCGCCGUUUGGAGCAAACUUCCUCGAUAAAGCGCUGGAACUGCUGACCGAUACGAAUUACGACCAAGAGGCAGCGCUGAAGAAACUCCAACAAGUCCACCGGAUUCAUGAUCUGCACGAACCCGUCCUCAGCAAACAAGACCUCACAAAGUUCGAGGAAGGUGUCGCCAAGUACGGCUCGGAGCACCGAUUGAUUCGCCUGCACAUGAAGACGAGUCUGCCGAAUGCGGACAUUGUGCGCUUCUAUUACCUUUGGAAGAAGACGCCCAAAGGCCAAGAGAUCUGGGGCAAUUAUGGCGGCCGCAAAGGGAAGCGCAGGAUCGACGACACAGGCGCAGUGCUCCAAGCAGCGCUGGCAAAGGAUGGCGAUGACUCUGCGUUCGACAACGACAAGGCAGUGAAGCGCAACAGAAUGUUCGAGUGCAAGUUCUGUCACACGAGUCAUUCCCGACAAUGGCGCAAGGCCCCCGGCGUAGCACCUGGUCAGACAGUGGCAGUUGACGGCAAAAAUGCCAAGGAUCCCAAGGACAAGACGAAGCCACCGCUUCUUGCAUUAUGCUUGCGUUGUGCGGGACUCUGGCGGAAGUACGCCAUUCAAUGGGAAGAUGUGGAAGAGGUUGCGAAGAAGGUUGCGCAGGGCGGCGGGCGAGCUUGGAAGCGGCGAAUCGACGAAGAGCUGUUGCGGGAGCUGGUGGCUGCGGAACAAAUGGGCGCUGCUGGCAUGGAUCCCGCGGGUGGCGCAUUGCCUUCGAUUGAGAAUGGCGAACCGUUGAAGAAAAAGUCCAAGACCGAUGCUGGCCUGCCGUCCGAGAUGGCCAAGAAGAAGCCUGCGCCUGUCCCGAAGGAACCAACGCCGCCCCCGCCACCCAUCGUUCCAGCGCAGCCGGAGUGGCGCGAUCUUCCGUGUGCCGUCUGCAAGGGCUCGGGAGACACGAUCGCUUGUACAUACUGCAAGCUCACCGUCCAUCGCUUCUGCUUUGGUCUAGAAGAAAAUGAAGGGGUAAAGAUGGAUGGAGGGGUGAGGUGGGUGUGUGAGCAAUGCACCAACGACCGAAAUCCCCAAGUCUCCACCGACUACGCUUGCUGCUUGUGUUUGACGGAAGAGACGCUGACCGAGCUCAUCGAGUCGUCGAGAGUGACUCACAAGAAGAAGACGGAUCGCGAGAAGGAAAAGGAACGCCUGGAGAAGGAAUUGGCCGACGUGAUGCGUGCUGAAUACACGACCAAGCAGAUCACCCUCAACCGGCCAAUCCUGCCUCGCGAGCCACUGAAGCGCACGACCGGCAACAAUUGGGUCCACGCGUACUGCGCCGUGUGGAUGCCGGAAAUCCGAUUCAGCAAUGCAAAGACUCUCGAAGUCGCCGAGGGGUUUCAAAACAUACCUCCUGCCAAAUUCGAGGCAAUCUGCAAGCUGUGCAAGAACAAGGACCACCAGAACGUUGUUCGCUCCGACAAGGGCGCUUGCGUCUCCUGCUUCCAGUGUCACGCCAACAUUCACGUUAGUUGCGCGUUUGAGGCUGGGUACGUCUUCGGCUUCGACGUGACGCCGGUAAAGGGAUCACGCAAAGAUCAGGUCACGACAGCCACCCUUGGCCAAGAGACGGGCUCGCUGACAGCCGGCAUUUGGUGCAAGGAGCACGUUCUCAAGAACGUCGUUCAUCCGGUCAACGAGAUCGCGGAUGAGACGGGCAGGACUGCGAUGCAAGUCUACGUUGAGAAUUACAAGCAGGCCGAUCUUACUCUCACUGGCACGAUCCGAAAGGCCAAUCUCGCUCAGCUUACGAAAGACAAGGGCCAGCAGGUGCCGCAAGCGACCAUCAACGGUUCUCGACGGGAGUCUACUGCAAAUAGUAUCGCGGCUGCGGUGCGUCGUGGUGCACGAACGUCUUCGGUUGCCGAUGCGAAGUCAGAGGCAGAAGAUGCCGGCAUCCAAAUCUCCGAUGUUCCUGAAGGCGAGCUGGAGCGGCGUUGUGUGCGAUGCAAGAUUGAUGUCACUCCCAAGUGGCAUCCGGUGGAGUCGCUGCCGAGCGGGAAGGAAGCUACGCCGCCGAGGUCACCGCCGCGAGCGUCACUGUCAAGUGCUGACAUCUCCGACGCUGACCGCGAUCGCUUAAGCAAUGCUCCUUCGGCUCAGGCGUCAAGACCGAAUGCUCAGAAUAUCCGGUUCAUGCCGCCCGGAGCCAGUGGGAGGGCUUGGGAUGGCAUGCCCGAUAGGUAUAAUCCGCGACCGGGACCCAACGGAGAGCAGCGCGAGCAACAACAGCCGCCUUCACAACGAGAGAACUCUGGUGCAAUCACCAAUGGCCAGCAUCGAUCGGCGAAUGAUGGUUACAACCACGCGGGCUCGUCAUAUCAGGAUCAAGGUGGCCAAGCCGAACGAGCUUCAACAGAGGCGGCGAAUGCUGGUGAAGAGUCAAAGCAAGCAUUCCUGUGCCACAAAUGCUUCCUCGGGAAGAAACUCAAUCCCACCUCGCCUCCGGAAGAGCAACGAGCGUCGAUCAUCUCGCCGCCACGGCCGUUCUCCGGAUCGCACCGAUGGAACGGGAACCCAGCACUAUCACAGCCCGCAUACGAUCCUACACAGCCAAUCCGCAUGCCGUGGGAUGAGCCGUCAGCACCACCACCCCCUCCGGUGCAAGCACCUCCUGUGCCUGGCCCACAUCCGGUCAAUGGCCUCGGACUGUCAAUGGGCUACAAUCCCUCGGUGCCCCCACCUCCUCCACAGCCGCAACAUCCACAAAAUUACUCGCCGUAUGGUCCGCAGCCGAAUGGUUUCCAUGCGCCUCCAAUGUCCCACCAGCCGCCGCCACCUCCGCCAUCACAGCCAAUGCAUGAGAGGAGCGGUAGCUAUGGAUACGGGCCUCCACCUCCUCCACCCAGCCAGCCGUACUUCACUCAGCAGGCCCCGCCUGGCCAUUCGCCCAUGCAGAACUAUCCCCCUCCUCCCCCGAACCAAAGCAUGUCGAACGGACUAACGUCGCCGCGCGCCCCGGGCUUUCAACCGCAUUUGCAGUCACCCCCGCGCUCACACGCCCCUCCAUACCAGGGCUUCGGACCGGGUCGCACGGAGAUGCGCAUCGUGCCUCCUCAAAUGCCGCCCAUGCGUGGCCCGCCGCAGUAUGACGGGCAAUAUAUGUCUGCGCAACAGCAUCAUCACGUGCACAUGCAGCCGGCUCCUCACUCCAGCCAGGCGCGCCCGGAGAGUUCGAGCGGCGGCGGUAGCGGUGCAACGCCAGCGGGGAUGAGAGAUGGUCAGUCUGGUGCUGGAGCGCCGAGCCAGAGUCAGCCGCCUGCUGGAGCUAGUGCGAGCCCGAGUUUGAGGAACUUGUUGUCGUAG